GUGGACUGUCGCGAACUGUCAACACAGACUUGUAGACCUGACCUCCGAAAGGAAGGGAAGAAACCUCGUUUCAGUUGCGCGCGUGCGUGUGCGUGGGGGUGUGUGCGUGUUUUCUUUUUUUUUUUUUUUUUUUUGGUUUGUUUUUUUUUUUCUUCCCUUAAACCCCGUACCCCUUCCCCAAUCGGCGGCGACAUUCUGUUGGAAGCGAAAAGAUGAAGGUUGUCGGAUCUACCUGCGCCCUGAAGAGCAAGGUCGGCGGAGAGAUCGGCCUGUCCGAGCAGAGCCUGGCCAUCUCCAAGUGCAAGAUCCCGCUGCUGGACGAGCAGAUGAACGUCUUCCUGCAGGACAUGAACAGCUGCUACAGCAAGCUGAAGGAGCUCGUGCCCACGCUGCCCACCAACAAGAAGGCGAGCAAGGUGGAGAUCCUGCAACACGUCAUCGACUACAUCUGGGACCUGCAGGUCGAGCUGGACGAGCCGGAGAAGAGCCGCCAGCAGCAGCAACCCGUGCCCCGCACGCCACUGACCACGCUGAACUCGGAGCUGGCCAGCAUCUCUGUGGAGAACGGCUGCUCAGAAGAGAGGAUAAUGUGCCGCUGAGUGCAGACGGCGCGUCUUCCCACAUCGACCCCCUGGAAAGGAGCAACGAGGCGAACCCGGCGUGACAGUCUGGGCGAAGGACGUCGAAAUCUGGCGCCUCGAACUGUGUAGGGACGUUGAAAAACUCUCUCAACUAGGAAAAACAAAAAUUACAAAAAGAAAAAAAAAUACAAAAAAAUAAAUAAAUCAAAAGCUACAAAAUCAAGACCGGACAUCCUCCGGGCCGGGAGGGGGCCCUCUGAGAGCGGCGGGGGUCCAGAUCCAGAGAGCCUGCGUCAGUCAGAGGGACCAAGACAAAGUUCGGAGCAACCAGCGACAGGCCGCUGCCGCUGGUUGAGUUUCUUAAAAAACGAAAAGAAAAAAAAGCUCGUGUUUCUCUCUCUCUCUCUCUCUCCUUUUGUAUUUUGUGUAAAAUCAUAAAAAGAAUUCAAACGUUUUGUAAAAGAAGAAAAAUUAAUUUCUCAGAUUCCUGAGUGACAAAACUGUAUUGUAUAUUACAAUGCCACACUAUGUGAAGAUAUUGUUUUCUUACAAUGUACUUUAUUUGCGUUUUUAUUAAAACAAGAACACUAUUUUUUGAACAAG